UUGUGUUACAGGAAGUCAUGUGGCAAGAGUGCUUAGAGAAGCAAUGUAGUUGAUAGACUGAUACAAAUUAACAAGUGUGCCUGCCGGUAGUUAAAACCCGGAUUGUGAAUUUAUAAAUUGGUCUAUAGCACAGCUGUUUGGUGUUACAUGCCACACAGGACCAGGCACAAGCUUACAAUAUACAAAGGUGGGAACAAGCAGUCAUGAGCAAUUCAAGUACGGACAGCAGUACCUGUACUACAGUUGCAUUGGUGGAGAGCAGCACAAAUCCUAGUGGGGUCCAGCUAGUGAAUACCUAUCAUACUAACCGAGUUGGAGAUCCUGGUGACCUGGUUGCAUUAGCUCAGCAAGUGCAGAAGGCAGAUGAAUUUGUGCGGGCCAAUGCAUGUAACCAACUAACUGUGAUAGCAGAACAGAUUCGAUAUCUUCAAGAACAAGCCCGGAAGGUCCUGCAGGAAGCGGUGAAAGAUGCUGAUCUGCAUCAUGUUGCCUGUAAUGUGGUGAAAAAGCCUGGAAACAUUUACUACUUGUAUCAGCGUGAAUCUGGCCAGCGGUACUUCUCCAUUCUAUCACCAAAGGAGUGGGGAGCGAGCUGCCCUCAUAAGUUCCUUGGAGCCUUCAAACUACAGCAUGACAUGUCUUGGACAGAAUACAAAGACAUCGAAAAACGGGAUGCUGAAAUUGCCAUUAUUGACAAGCUAUUGAAUCAGCAGGCAGCUCUACCACAGUGCACAGAGCCUAACUUCCAGGGACUUACCUAAUAAACUGUUAAAAACAUUUGCCUCCUGCAGUAUGACUUUACAUUAAUAAAGGUUUACACCACUA